CUUUAAGAGUUACCAACUAGCAGUGGUCCACUCGCAUUUCCUUCAUCCUAUUGCUUUUGAUGAUUUUCUUUUCAACAUUCUUUUCUCUAUACCUUCAAAUCCUAACAUUCUUUAACAACACCACGCACGCAGUAAUCUCUCUCUCUCUCUCUCUCUCUCUCUGCAAACAAUGGUAUUGAAUUUCGACCAUCACAUAGAUAGGGAGACAGAUAGAUAGAUAGAUAAAUCGAUCGAUCUUGAUUCCUGACAGAUAUGGGAACUCCGAUAAACAUCAUAGUUGGAUCACAUGUUUGGGCAGAGGAUUCAGAGGCUGCGUGGAUUGAUGCCCAAGUCAAAGAAAUUCAUGGCAGAGAUGCCACCAUUAUUACCACAAACGGGAAGACUAUGGUUACAGACAUGUCCAGUAUGUACCCAAAAGACACAGAAGCACCACCAGCAGGCGUUGACGACAUGACUAAGUUGGCUUACCUCCAUGAGCCGGGAGUCCUGCAUAACUUAGCCUGUCGGUUUUCUAUCAAUGAGAUAUAUACUUACACUGGGAACAUCCUAAUAGCGGUGAAUCCAUUCCGGAGACUACCACACUUGUAUGACACCCACAUGAUGGAGCAGUACAAAGGAACUGCUUUUGGGGAGCUAAGUCCGCACCUUUUUGCUGUUGCAGACACUUGUUACAGGGCAAUGAUCAAUGAACAAGGAAGCCAGUCAAUUCUGGUCAGUGGGGAGAGUGGUGCUGGUAAAACAGAGACAACAAAGAUGCUCAUGAGAUAUCUUGCCUUCAUGGGAGGCAGAUCAGGAACAGAAGGGAGAACAGUGGAACAACAGGUCUUAGAGUCCAACCCAGUCUUGGAGGCAUUCGGGAACGCCAAAACUGUGAAAAACAACAAUUCGAGUCGCUUCGGUAAAUUUGUAGAGAUCCAAUUUGAUAAGCAUUGGAAAAUCUCUGGAGCUGCUAUUCGUACAUAUCUUCUUGAAAGAUCACGUGUUUGCCAAGUCUCUGACCCAGAGAGAAACUACCAUUGCUUUUACAUGCUUUGUGCGGCACCAGCAGAGGAUGUGAAGAGGUACAAGCUAGGAGACCCAAGAACUUUCCAUUAUCUUAAUCAAUCCUCCUGCUAUGAAGUUGCAAAUGUAGAUGACGCAAGAGAGUAUUUGGAGACCAGAAAUGCUAUGGAUGUUGUUGGGAUCAGCCAGGAAGAGCAGGAUGCCAUAUUCCGAGUGGUUGCUGCAAUCCUCCAUCUUGGGAACAUUGACUUCAUCAAAGGGGACGAAGUUGAUUCUUCCAAGUUAAAAGAUGAUAAAUCAUGCUCUCACCUCCAAACUUCUGCAGAGCUACUCAUGUGUGAUAACAAGUCUUUGGAAGACUCGCUUUGCAAGCGUGUAAUAGUGACUCCUGAUGGUAACAUUACAAAACCUCGAGACUCAGCUACAUUAAGUCGUGAUGCCCUGGCGAAGACUGUCUACUCCAGACUGUUCGAUUGGAUUGUGGAUAAGAUAAACAACUCAAUUGGUCAGGAUCCAAACUCAUCAAGCUUAAUAGGAGUCCUUGAUAUUUAUGGCUUCGAAAGCUUCAAGAUCAACAGCUUUGAGCAGCUAUGUAUCAACCUAACAAAUGAAAAGCUGCAACAACAUUUUAAUCAGCAUGUGUUCAAGAUGGAGCAAGAAGAGUACACAAAGGAUGAAAUAAACUGGAGCUAUGUAGAAUUUGUAGAUAACCAGGAUGUUUUGGAUCUUAUCGAGAGGAAGCCUGGGGGCAUAAUUGCCCUUCUCGAUGAAGCAUGUAUGUUUCCCAAGUCAACGCAUGAGACAUUUGCACAGAAGAUGUAUCAGACAUAUAAAGGACACAAGCGAUUUAAAAAGCCAAAACUUGCUCGAACAGACUUCACAGUUAACCACUAUGCUGGAGAUGUGACAUACCAAACAGACCAUUUUCUUGAUAAAAACAAGGAUUACGUAGUGGCAGAACAUCAAGCUCUUUUGAAUGCCUCGAACUGCUCAUUUGUCUCAAAUCUAUUCCCUCCACUGCCUGAGGAGACUUCAAAACAAUCCAAGUUUUCUUCCAUAGGCACCCGUUUCAAGCAACAACUGCAAGCUUUAAUGGAGACACUUAGCACAACAGAACCACAUUAUAUCAGAUGUGUUAAGCCAAAUACAGUUUUGAAGCCUGGAAUUUUUGAGAAUGCCAACGUAUUAAACCAGUUGAGGUGUGGGGGUGUGCUGGAGGCUAUUAGGAUUAGUUGUGCUGGAUAUCCAACAAAAAGAACAUUUGAUGAUUUCCUCGACCGCUUUGGAAUGUUGGCUCCUGAUAUUAUGGACGGAUCUGAUGAAAAAUCAGCAUGCAUUGCCAUCUGUAACAGGAUGGGACUGAAGGGAUACCAGAUUGGAAAAUCAAAGGUUUUUCUUAGAGCUGGUCAGAUGGCUGAAUUAGAUGCACGCAGAACUGAAGUUUUGGUUAAUUCUGCCAGAUGCAUUCAAAGGCAAAUCAGAACACAUCUAACCAGAAGGGAGUUCACUGCCCUGCGAAGGGCUGCUAUUCACUUGCAGAAACAUUGGAGAGGACAACUUGCGCGCAAGUUGUAUGAACAAAUAAGACAGGAAGCUGCUUCAAUCCGUAUACAAAAACGUCUACGUGCUCACAAAGCCAGAAUAUCCUACACAAAAUUGCAGGCAGCAGCAGUUGCCAUCCAAACCGGGUUACGAACUAUGGUGGCCCGAAAUGAUCAUCAAAACAGGAGAAGAACCAAGGCUGCAAAAAUUAUUCAGACUAUUUGGCGAAGAUUUGAAGCUCUUUCUGAAUAUAAACACCAGAAAAAGGCGAGUCUAACUCUUCAAUGUCUCUGGAGAGCAAGGGUAGCAAGGAAGGAGCUUAGGAAGCUUAGGAUGGCUGCGAGAGAAACAGGAGCGCUUAAGGCAGCUAAAGACAUGCUGGAGAAGCGUGUCGAAGAGCUAACAUGGCGACUGGAAUUUGAAAAGCACUUGAGGAUUGAUCUUGACGAAACUAAAGGAAGAGAAAUUGCAAAGUUGCAACAUUGUUUGCAUGAAAUGCAAAGGCAAAUAGAUGAAGCCCAUGCAGCAAUCAUCCAUGAGAAAGAAGCAGCAAAGUUAGCCAUUAAACAAGCUCCCCCGGUCAUCAAAGAGGUGGCAGUUGUGGAUAACACCAAACUAGAAAUACUGGAAAGCCGCAAUGAGGAACUACAGGGUGAGCUAAGUGACCUGAAGAAGAAACUUGAAGAAUUUGAAGAAAAUCACUCUCAAAUUGAAGAAGAAAGGAAAGCAAGGCAUGAGGAGGCAGAAGAAGCACGGCUGAAAUCAGUGCACAUUCAGGAGACUAUUGAAAGGUUACAGUUGAACUUGUCAAGUCUUGAGUCUGAAAAUCAGGUGCUACGCCAACAGGCUCUUGUUCCAUCAGCAAAUGGGGAGCUCUCAGAAGAACUGAGAAUCUUGAAGAGUAAGAUGGCAGAAUUGGAAUCAGAUAAUAAAUUACUUCACAGCAAGGCUGUAGUCGUGGAGCAAAAAGCUAAUCCAGAGAGGGUUCAGCCACUAGUAAAGGAGCCAGAUCCUGUUGUGUCCCACCUUACUAGACAAAGAUCCCUCACGGAUAGGCAGCAGGAAAAUCUUGAUGUGCUUGUUAAGUGUCUUGUGGAAGACAGACAAUUUGACAAGAAGAGGCCUGUCGCUGCCUGUAUUAUUUACAAAGCACUUGUUCAGUGGAGAACCUUCGAAGCAGAGAAAACAAACAUAUUUGAUAGGAUUAUUCACAAAAUUCGGUCUAUGGUAGAGAGUCAGAACAAUAUCGAUGAUCUGGCAUAUUGGCUUUCAACAACUUGUACCCUCGUAUUUCUUGUACAAAGUACACUCAAGGCAACCAGUGCACCUGAUUCAGCUUCACGUCGUAACCAAACUUCUCCUGCUACCAUAUUUGGUAGAAAUAGAACGGCACAAGGUUUUCAUUCAUCUUCCAUUACUAUGGGAGUUUCAAGUGGCUACAGUGGAAUGGCUGGAAAGCCCAACGGGAAAUUAAAAGUGCAGGCCAAGUACCCAGCAUUGUUAUUCAAGCAACAUCUAACUGCAUUUGUCGAGAAAAUUUAUGGGACCAUCCGUGACAUUCUAAAGAAGGAGAUUAGCCCAUUCUUGAAUUUGUGCAUUCAGGCACCGAGAUCUACAAGGGCCAAGUCAAUGAGAGGCUCGUCCAAAACUAUACAUUCAAAUAUAAGAGCAAAACAAUCACCAUUGAACACGCACUGGCAAAGCACUGUCAACAAGUUAGAUCAUACCUUAGAUAUUUUGUCUAUGAAUCAUGUCUCUCCUAUGAUCGCAAGGAAAAUGUUUACUCAAGUUUUCUCAUUCAUAAAUGUCCAGCUCUUUAACAGCUUAUUGCUUCGUCGUGAGUGCUGCUCAUUUCGCAAUGGAGAAUUUCUGAAAGCAGGUUUGCUUAAAUUGGAACAGUGGUGUCUCAAAGUAACAGAUCAGUUUGCUGGAUCGUCCUGGGAUGAGCUUCAACACAUAAGGCAGGCUGUCAGAUUUUUGGUUUUGCACCAAAAAACUCAGAAAUCGGUGGAUGAAAUCACAAAUGAAUUGUGUCCGAUACUCAGCAUCCCUCAAAUAUAUCGCAUUGGAACAAUGUUCUGGGACGACAAAUAUGGAGCCCAGGGAUUAUCUUCAGACGUUAUUGGACAAAUGAGAGUUAUGAUGGCGGAGGAUUCAAUCAACAUGAACAUGCUCAAUAAUUCCUUCCUGCUUGACGUUGAUUCCAGCAUACCUUUUUCGAUGGAAGAAAUGUGCACAUCCUUCAUUGAUAUCAGCCUAUCUGAUGUGGAUCCACCGGCCAUCAUCCACCAAAGAUCUGACUUCCACGUCCUGUUGCAACAAACAGAUUGAGGCUACUUGAACUAAUCAGUGCAUGAGUGUUCAGAUAAAUAUGUAUUGAAUUUUUCCCUCUAUAUUCACACCAUCAACAAUUGGAACAAACAGAUUGAGGCUACUUUCGAUUUUCCUAGAGUGCCGAAGCUCACUACAACAAAAAUGGUUGCAGAUAACAUAUAUCCUCCAUUGUCUAAAUUGCCCCUGUACCGUUGUUUUUACCAGUGUCGUCUUCUGUUCAGAUAUAGUUACUUUUUUCUAUAAUUAGAGAUUAGAUCAUGGACAUGCAUUUUCUUUUGUUUUAUGUUUAUGGUUCUCCAGGGAAAGAAUGAUUUAUGUGCUGAACAAGGAUGGGUUACCAUGCCCUCCCCUGUUAGAGUUCCAUGAUUGAGUUGUAAUAUGUUUGUUAAUGAACAGGGGAGAAAUUUGAACCACAAGAUGAAUUUGGUAGAGCAAAUCGUUGUUGCUUCUACCUCUGUAUUUCAUUAAUACGUUUUGUCCCAAUACUGUUGGAAGACUAUCGAUAAAAUAGAAAUUUAUA